AGUAAAGUAUUUCUAAAACAAAUAUUGAAAUAUAUUUGAAAAUUGUUCAAUAUGUUGAAAAUAACAAUGACCAUGAUGCUUAUUGGAUUCAUAGUAUUGAGUGAAUGCCAACCGGGAAAUGGAUGCGGAGAUGGUAGUGAUGGUAGUCGUGAUGGGGGUCGACGUGGGGGUCGUUUCGGUGGAGACGUGGAGGUAAUGGACAGGGAAUUGGAGGGUCUGGCAGUGGACGUCCUAAUGGGGGUCAACAACCAGGAGUUGGCGGUCAAAGUGGAGGUGGAAUUCCUGUAAUUAAUUCUAAAUAACCAGGAUUAUUUUAAAAUAUAAUUUAUAUUAUAAACUUAAAAAUAAUAGACUCGAAUAAAAUAAUUUAAAAUAAUAA